AGGAGAGUCUCGACUAUUCAAGCCGUGGCAAGAAGCAAUGGACGACCCAAACGCCUGGCCAGAUAUUUAUUCGGCUGCCUUGGACUGCGAUCUGCUAUUUGACAAGUGCCUGACACAAAUCGCCGAACCAAGGACAAUCGGGCUCCUUAACGAAUCUGCUGCCGCCGUUGGCCGUCUUGCGAGAGACCACCAGGCCCGGUUUCAGGCUUGGGCAUCAUAUUUAGGCGUCUUUGCCGAAGAAGAUGUUUGCCUUGAUCGUCGCUUAUCCAAAAGCAAGGAUGUUCAAAUAAUGGUAAUUAAUCUGCUUCGCACUAUCUUUCUCAAUUUGCGAUAUUUUUUGCGAAUAAUCCAAAUAAGAGACAAUGGUACUCGCAGGAUAGUCCCGAAAAGGGAAACCGAGUUGGAUAUUCAACAGUCGGCCCCAAGCAUUGACAAUCUCGCGGAAGACCUUAGCCAAACACAGGAAUCUAUUGAAGGAGCUAUUGAUCGUCUGCACCGUCUCGGAGUAACCAUCCGACAGUCUUCGACCGCCGGCUUGAUCUCAAGGGUGAGAGCCUUCUCAGCAAAAAGAUCAGAUUCCUCUCUAGAAGAAAUGUCAUUCUUGAUGAUCAAAUUCCUCUACCCAAUGGCGCCAUUGAAUCUUCAGCGCCUUCUCAGCCGGUCCAUCUUGGAACGCCACUUCAAUAUAGAGUAUCGAGGAGAGCACCAACGGCGCUUAGCAGCUCGUCGUAUGCUCGUCUUGGACGAUGAUGAUCAUAAAGAAGAUCAACCUCACGCCGACAAUGGUAGCCAAGAAGUGUUGAGACCGACCACUCGAAAAGAUUACGUCAAUGAGGCGGCCGAUAUUGUUCGUGACGACUCUGAGAAGGAAACAGAUAUAAUUCUUUCAAAGUCGGGAACGAAGCCAUCGACUCUCCAGACACAAGAAUUUGAGCGUAAGGUUAACGAGAAAAAGCCUCUUAAAGCUUUAUCUGCCGUUUCCAAGACAUCCUCGGUACCUAUAGGCGACGUUAAUUACCCAAAACCACCAAAGCCUCAGGGAGAAUACGACUGGGCUACUUGUUAUUGGUGCUUUGAGACUUUCCCACACGAUAAGUUCCAGAAUGUAAAAUGGUGGAGGCGCCAUGUCGACCAUGACCUUCGACCUUAUGUUUGUCUCGUCAAUACUUGUUCAGAGUCUCUUGACGCGUUCGAUAGGUUUACCCCAUGGAUGGAACAUAUGGAAAAGCAUCAUUCACCAAAUUGGAUUGGAACGAUCAGUUGUAGAGCCAUGUGGAGGUGCGACAUUGAACAUGAAUCACCAGAAUUGUUUGAAGAUGAGGCUUCAUUAAAAGGCCACAUACGGGAGCACCAUCACGCAAUAUUCACAGAGUCUCAAAUAGCGGGUAUAGCUCGUCGAAGUUCGAUUCGUAUACCGGGAUCCAAAGAUAUUUGUCCACUUUGCAGCUUUGAUUCUAGCAAAAUCCCUCUUGACGCAGAUGAACCGAAUCACUCGCGACAUUCCUUGCAAAUUAAACGAAAAAGGCCUACACAGACAAAAGUAAACGUUGGCGUUCAGGAAAAGCGUAGAAAAGUUCACUUUCAUGACGAAGGAGGGAGGAAAGACUUGGAAUUAACCAGUUCAAGCGGAUCGGAAUUGGAUCUGCCAAGUAGCCCGAGUACUGAGUCGGUUUUACCUCAAGUCAAGGAGCGAUUACAACGCAAGCAACUAUCAAGACACAUAGCAACGCACCUGAAGGCUCUUUCGUUCGUGUCCCUCCGCCUCAAAGCUUUCCAGGAGCAACUUGAGAUAGGAGAUGAAGAUUUUGCUACGGAAGACGGGCAAGGGGACACAAGCGAAGAUGGCGGACCGAGUGGGCUCGAUACCGAGCUCGACGCGAUGUCUCUCGAUUUCGAGGAUGAUCCGGCCAUUCCAGAAUUGAGUAGUGAAACUUUACCUAUUUUUGACUUGGUAUCGGUAUUCACAUCGUCACAACAGAUCCAAGUCUCCGAUCUCGGCCCUCCUGAUCUUGGGAUUGAUGCAGAUGAGAAUGGCGAUUCAGAGAAGAAAUUUUGGGGCCCGCGCAAUUAUGAUUGUUUUGUGAGCCGCCGAGAUAUCGAGGAAAGUCGAAACUCCUUUGCAUAUGAAAAUAGCUCUACUGGCGCAACAAUAUGUCUCACAGACCGCUAGUGUUAAUGUACCAAUACGCUUUAUAAUUUAACUCUUAAUAAUUCGAGUAU